CGCGUUUCGAAUUGUAGCAACUUCCUGCCAAAUAGUUGUCCCUAACAACACACAGCACCUCACCGAGGGAAUUUCAGGUUAAGGAAACAUAAAGUUUCCUCGGAAGUAGCACUUGGUGACAUGGGCCUUGGCCAAAGCAGAAGCAGCAGAGACUGACGGCUCAGAUUUAGCGGGGCGGACGCUGAAGACGCCCUCUCCCACAGCCAUGGACGAGUCACAAGAGGUGCCCGAGCUACCUACAAAGAAAGCCCGGCAUGAUCCAGAAUUGAGACAGGAGGGUGAUUCAAGAAGUGUGGGGGCUAGUGACAGCAUUGACUCCCCUAACCGGAACGAAUCGACAGCUCAGUCAGAGGUCAAUUCAUAUCCACCAUCAUCUGUCGCUCACUUGCACACCAUGCCUGGAGGUCCAGACCGGUCAAAUCAAGACACGAUAUCGAGAUCCCAGGGCUGUGUCUCAGAAAACGCAUAUGAUCACAAUGCAGUGACGUGCAAAGACCUCACCACAACCACAGCCACGGAAUAUACCUCACAGAUCUACCAAGGAAGCAACACCGCAGUCACUGCAUAUGCCAGUCAAGUGGCUUUCCCCUCCCUGGGCCAGUCGACCGUAUACAGCGGCUUUCCUCAGUCCGGCCAGACGUACGGACUGCCACCAUUUGGCGCCAUGUGGCCAGGCUUAAAGACAGAGUCGCGGCUGCCCGAGGCGCCCUCUGUUGGUCAGACGGGGUUUCUCAGCUUCAGCUCAGCCUAUGCCUCAACCCAACCCAACCAGAUCCACUACUCCUACCCCAGCCAAGGUUCCUGUUUCACUACGUCCAGUGUGUACACUAACAUCCCUCCAGCAACUGCUGUGACCACAACUACUGGCACACAUCAGGAGUUUUCAAGUUACAACUCUCUUGGUCAGAGUCAGUUCUCGCAGUACUACGUUCCUCCUCCCAGUUACCUGCCUGCUGGGCUGCCCAGCAGUGAUAGAGAUGGAGCAGGUGUGGUGGCCCCUGAAUAUCCAGCCAUUAAAACUGAAGGCAGCGCCUCAGCAAACCUGCCCAACACAACAGAUGCAUCCCCAGGUGUGACGAUCCCAACAGGUGUAGCUCUGCCUGCUGGGAUGGCCCUCCCCACAGGAGCACGGGACCAAGAAGAGGCCAAUCGCAAAAACCCUCCUGGUAAAGCUAAAGGCAAAGCUAAGAAAUCUGAUGGUUCCCAGUCCACAGACAAUGACCUGGAGCGCAUCUUCUUGUGGGAUCUGGAUGAAACCAUCAUCAUUUUCCACUCUCUUCUUACUGGCUCAUUUGCACAGAAGUUUGGCAAGGAUCCAGCGACGGUUCUCAAUCUGGGGCUUCAGAUGGAGGAGUUGAUCUUUGAGCUUGCAGACACUCAUCUCUUCUUCAACGACCUAGAGGAAUGUGAUCAGGUCCAUGCUGAUGAUGUUGCCUCAGAUGACAAUGGGCAGGACUUGAGCAACUACAGCUUCUCCAGCGAUGGCUUCAGCGGACCCAGUGCAGGCGGCGGUUCAGGGACCACCACCGCGGUGCAGGGAGGAGUGGAGUGGAUGCGUAAACUGGCCUUCAGAUAUCGCCGGCUCAAAGAGAUCUACAAUGGAUUUAAAGGGAAUGUAGGAGGUCUGUUGAGCCCAAUGAAGAGAGACCUCCUGCUCAGGCUGCGCUCUGAGAUCGAGACCGUUACAGAUGCUUGGCUGAGCACUGCUCUUAAAUCUCUCUUGCUCAUUCAGUCAAGGGGCAGAUGUAUGAAUGUUCUGGUCACCACCACUCAGCUGGUUCCUGCUUUAGCUAAAGUGCUUCUCUAUGGCCUGGGUGACGUCUUUCCCAUUGAGAACAUCUACAGCGCCACUAAAAUAGGAAAAGAGAGCUGCUUUGAGCGCAUCAUCUCUCGCUUUGGGAAGAAAGUGACGUAUGUCGUUAUAGGGGACGGUCGUGAUGAAGAGUUUGCAGCAAAGCAGCACAACAUGCCAUUUUGGCGAAUCGCUUCUCACGGAGACCUGAUUUCCCUUCACCAAGCUCUGGAACUGGACUUCUUAUAGAUGGAGCUAAAGGUAAGACAUGGAUCUCUCCGGCUGUACCCAUCCACCCCUAACCCAACGCAGCCGUGGAGCAGCUGACGUAGACUCUGGGACGUUAGCGGUCAUAGACAAGAACUCAAGACAGUCCGUGACACGACCUCACAAGCCCUCCAUUCCCUCAAUGGCAGCUAUCCUCCCCUUAGGUUGAAUCUUGCACUGGGACGCCACGCAACCAUACACAAGGAAAAGAGGAAAAAACUGUCUCCCGUUCUCACUGCAUCUCUCUCUUGGAAAAAGGAUGUACUUUACCAUCUUUAACACAACUGGAUUCACCAAAGGAGCAACCCAUGACCAAAGGUCUGCACUGGCACAGAAACUUAAAGUUUUUCUGCAUUCGUUUUAAAGGGCUGAAAAGUCAGAGUCAUUUUGAUUUGCACUCAUUCCAAAGGUCAGGAUAUUGGUUCUUAUGAGAUGGCAGGUUACAUGCUUUAGAAGCCUCCAAGAAAUGAUGCGAUAAUUUCAGUUCUUAAAACAGAUGGUACCACCAACGUUUAGCAUAGAUCCCGCUUCGUUUAUUACUGUAUCUACAUAUGGUUUUUCCUAAACGUUCCUCAGUUCCUGGGAUCUACUUUUGUUUACCCUUCAUGCACACUUUAUUUCUGCUUUAAAUUAGGUGAUAUGACAAAUUAGAGUGCCUAAUAGAAACCAUUUGUUUUUGUACAGUUUAUCCCUCUUUUUCUUUGAAAGAAUAAAUCACCAGAAAAUAAGAAUUCACUUUUUUUUUGUUACUUUUGGUCCAAAGCCCAAUUAACUUUCAUGAACCACAAAAAGAGAUUAGAGGAAUGUCACACAAUACAGUGAAAUUUGAUUGGAAAAGGGCACUUUCCACCAUGGGAGCCAUAAGUACGCACCUAAAUUUCUUCCCCUUUGUUUAGUGUCAGCAGGCAUUAGGUGCGACGUGUCUCGGCAUGCUGAAUUUGAAGAAAGAGAACUGUUGGAUCCCAGUAACUUGGCUCUGCUCAUGUUUUACUAUAUGGAAAGGAGCAGCAUUUUUGUGUUAAGAAAUUUGGAGUUUUGAAUCAAAAAAACAAUGACACAGUUUUUUGAUUUGAGCUAUUUCUUUAAAAAUCCAUAUUUAGAUGAAACACAGGCUCCAUGAUUGAUACCUGAUGUUAAAUGUCUAAUGCAAUUAUGAGCCACAUGAACUAACUGCAUUUUCGUCCCCUGAGGAAAGUCACAUGGCUGAAUGGAAUUUUAUAAAAUUACCUCUCGCAUAUAGCCAAAAUUCCCCAUGGAUUUAAAGCUACAGGGUCCCAGCCUGUGAUCGUUUUCUUUCGUUUUGUACAUGUUUGGGAGAAAAACCGUGUGAUAGUGUGCAAUACAUUUCUGGUCAGUGAUAAUUGAUUGUUUCAAUUUUGGUUGAAGGUGGUUUUUACGAGCAGGUUUGGGUGUAAUAUUCCUAACCGCUGCGAGAUUUUGACUGAACAUUACUGAGCCUGAAGAAAAAGCAUUUUUAUUCAAGCAGCUUUGACAAUUAAGAAUGUGUAAUCUUCAUUUGUUUGCAUAGAUGUGUGUGUCUGUUUUGUUUUGUUUUUUCCUCCUGUAUAUAUUUAUAUUGUGCCUUUUUAACUAUAAUCAACAUUCAGUAAGUGUAUUAUCUUAAAGGGAAUUACUGAAAUAUGACAAACAUAUGCAAUAUGACAAACAUAUGUUUGUAUUGUUUGUUUUUUCUGGUGAAGUGUUACCUUGGACUCUUAGGCCUAUGCUGUUGUCGUUUUCUUUUAGUUUGGUACCUUUGAUGUGCUCUGAAUUCAUUUCUGCAGAAACCGUUUUCUCCAUAGCUCAGCCAAUCAGAUGCUGUUGUUCUUUAACUUGAAUCAUAAAAACUGCUCUUCUGGUGCUUUUUUUCUAUGUACGACUUUGUUUCCUGCAUUUUUCAGGAAAAAAAAAGAUUUAGUCCCUGUAUACUGUCUAUUAUCUACAUUAACUGAAGAUACGUGACGCUAUCAUUGUGAGAUCUUGGGAUUUGUUACUAAUGCAUAGACAAUCACAGGAUGUAACGGUUCUUUUAGCCAGAGAGAAAUGCUCAGUCUAGCCCUGGAAUUAAGCUUGAGCUUUUAGAUCAGUAGGAGAACUUCUGGCUUAUUGAAACUGGCUGAAGAAACAAAUAUCUGUACCUACACUGUUUAUGGUUUGUGUACGUGACGUUCAUUAAAUACUUUGAGGCUGG